CCCAACGUUGUCGCCACAGGUCAUGGUGUGCACCACCUCGGCUGCCAUAGCAUGCGUGGCGUCCACGCUGGCGUCCCUCUCUCAUGUGAUCUCCCAGGAUUUGCCGCUGUGGGCCGUGUACGACUCGGCUUCACGCCGAAGCGGGCGACUGCACUGAGUGGGCCGACCACGCUCGUCCACGUUGGCCUUUUCACGAUGUGUCUUGAAACCCAGAGUAACCACUCUGUCGCCGACCCGCGGCACCCGAACGCAGUGUACACGUGUGCGGAGCUGUCGUCGGCAACAGUGUACCAGCUCAACUGCACGACAACCAAACGCAGUGGAUUUCCUUCGCACUGUUCUGCGAUUGAGACGAUUGAUUCCGUCCAGCCGCUCUGUGCGAACGUGACUAGGGACAACGGGGUCCACUACUCGUUCAACUGGCACGCGCUGACUGUGAAUCAACAAUUGGACCGGACGUCCGUGGCCGCCGUGCAACUCAGUCGAUUCCUAAAUUCUGCGUGCGGCGUCACGGGUCAAGUUGUUCAGUCCAUGGGGACCGCCAUGAUGAUUUCGUCUUGUGCGUUCACAGCCUGUUUGAUAUUUGAAUCGCUAUGUCUCCCGUUUGCCAUCAUGCGGCAUGUGCUCCACGUCGCGAUGGGUAUGGGAUGGUUGACCGUGCUCAGCAGCGUCGUACUGUUUAUUUCAUGGGGAUUUGAAGCCAGUCAUUUGGGAAGUUUUAAGUUUUCUGAAGUCACGUACGUUGCUUUUGGCGGGGUCGUGCUCAGCAUGGUCGCCCUGGCGUCCACACACGUGCACGCCACGGCAGUGUACAGUCGACGGCGGCGGCACACGUCUGUGGGCCGAGGCAAUGUGUACGUCGAUCCAAAGACCCGUUUGCACGUCCUCGUGGACUCGAACGAAGCUACAAUGUUGGAAGUCGACGAUGCCGACGAACAACCAAAUGACGACCUGUCGUGUCUGCCGAUCACACCGUGAACGGCGGUCAAUGCAGUGUGAUGAUGGGUCAACUUGAUCGCCGUCGAGUACGACCGUAACCAUCACUGACCGCUCCAUCCCGUGCAAGGACUUGUCAGCCGCCGUCUUGGAGUCUUAACUUGUUGAAACUCCUCAUGUCUCUGUGCGUUCGAAGUGGUUCUGGCGUCCUUCACAACGCCAAUGCGAUCGCCGUCGAAUUCACCUCCGUAGUCGUAAUCCAG